CCUCUCAACUCACUUUGACCUGUGCAGUGAAAAAUAGGCGUUUUCCAAUGGCGCCGAAAUCAAGUUUUGGAGGUACCUGGUGUACACACGCUUUAUUAUAAUUGUUCGUCCAUAAACUGUCAAACCACAUGUCCUACGCUCGCCCUUGUUCAAAUACAAUAGGAUGCUGUCAAAAGUUUGGCAAACAACCUACACACAAAGCUACGAUCAGAAUCAUUUUCCAUGUUUGGUUACGAAGUAGAAAUACAGCAGCUAGGAGAUUUAAGCGAAAAAGAUUGAAACUGCAACACAUGUUAUCGUGCAAUGUAGCUAAAUGCAUCGUUAAUUGCAUAUAUAUUGUGUUACAAGCCUCAAAACAACACGAGUGACGGCAUAGAUUGAGAUUAGCAGGGUAGCCUAUAUCGUAAAGUGUUAAAUAAGCAAGGCAUCAUGGGUCGAAAUUUCGAAAUGGCUAGAAGAUCCGCCAAAUCUUACGAAGCCUCAGGCAAUGCGUACGCGUCGAGCUCCGGCAGCGAUUCAGAUGAAAGCAAUGCAAGCCUGCUGGAAAGAAGUUGUCUGCUGCACAACAAAUUUAUGUUGCCCAAAGACUUUUGCGACAAUAGUGGUAUUUUCGAUGAAUUUUUUUCUUCGGAACUGUGGGAUACGUUACCUAAUGCUACACAGCAAAAGUUGGCAAAGCUACUGCCGGUUGCGAAAGAAGAUACGUUGGAGGCAACCACACUAGUGCACAGCUUGUUGUCGCAUAAAUUGCUACGGUUUGGUAAGGAACCGAUGGAUGAUUUCCGUGCCAAGCUAUCAAAUGGAUGCUUUCGGUUUGAUGUGGCCAAGUUGCAGCACAGUUUAGCCGAGCUUACUACGAAGGACAAGAGAAUGGUAGAACUGCAGCGCAUGUCUCGUUUCGCACAAAAUGUGAUGUUAUCCCGGGAAGCUUUUUUGUUUAGUGAGCUCCAUUCGAACGAUGCACGCACGCUUCCGACCGCUGGUAGAAUAACGGAUAGUUAUGAUCGUCGCCGGCAUUGGAAUUACGAUUCCACCAUUAACUCCGCAAUGGCUAAGUCACAAGCUGUGGCGAAAAAACGAUAUUUAAGUGAAAUCAUUAACGUGUGCGAGGAAGUUGGUUUAUCAUUGACGCUGUCCGACGAAGAAGAUUGCAUUCACGCGCUACCAACUGGAGCGGUACGGAAGCAACGACGAAUGGUAAGCGCCGGUUCACAGGCUGGCGAACAGUCUAACAUUCAAGCGGCCGGCGUAACGGGCACAAGUAAUGUUCCGACCAAAAAAUCCGGUAUCAUUGGUAGUUCCAAUGGUGCAGCGGGAAACUCCUUUGAUGGCACUAUAUUCAACGCACCAAAGUUGUUUGUCGUUACGGAGGAACAUUACAGGAAGUUGCUUCUACAGCAUAGAAAACGUAAAAUGGAAGAACCAGACCAUCCCGAGCUGAACUUGGAUAAUAUCAAAUUGAAGGAUGUCGUCAGCCGCACGCAAAUAGCGGCCGGAUAUCGAAGAAUAUUGCCACUGCCCAAGGUGUACAUUUCGGACUCAGUAAAAGAGCAUACUGCAGGGAUGAAAGGAAGGGUAAAGUCACAAAAAUCAUUCAAAACGCAUAGAGCGUCCCAAGAUCAGACUGACACCAAACCUUUGCUGCUAGAUUCUAACGGCGGCGAACAAAACAUAGAGAGAGUUAAGGUCAAAACGGAACCUACCGGGGCGUUGAAUGUAGUGUUGAAAGAAGAAACCGCAUCAAAUGAAUAUGUUGAUGCAAAUUUGCCAGAAAAUGUUGUACCGGGCACUGUUACAAACAACCAACAUUACAUUUCUACAGAAGAAGAAUGCACGAUUUCCUCUAGUAGAGAGCCAUCGAAGGAAAGCAAAAGAAGUUCGAACACGAUGGAAGAAAACGUUUCGGAAGCUGGUGAAACUUCUGUAACGAAAACAACCGUUUGUACAGCGCAAUCUACGAAGCCAUCAUCGAACGCAUCUUUACAUGAUGCUUCUGCAUCGCUCGACAGUUCUGAUUCCAGCGCUGUGGAGCAAGGCUCGAUGAACUGUUUGUUUAGCAAUGGAGGACUGCAUGCCUGUUUCUUAUCGGUCGUGCGCGAUCUGUUCUGUUCCAAUCCCGACCAUCGCUCAACAUUGCUAGAACUGCAAUUAAAGUUGGAUGCUUGGACCAAAAGUUCGAUCGCGGAACGCAAUGUAUGGUUUGAGCAGUUCCAAAACAAUGGCCAAUGGAAUGAGACGCUUCAGUCGGCAGUACAGUUUCUGGCAGGAGAAUUUCCAAACCAGCCAGAGGAUUUCGUGCCGUACAUAGAGCAUAAGGUAGCCAUCAAUAUACUGCAAUGGAUCGGUGCAUCGCGUGACGCAGACAGCCGGCUAGUACCGCUUUGCGCAUACUGGCAAAAUAGAAAGCAGGAGAUGAACAAGCUGUCCGGAAUGCAUUCCCUUGCCGCUAAUUAUGCAAGCUAUGCGAACAAUUCCCUGCUAAAUGAGACCGGUGGUGUGCAAGCGACUGCUUCGCCAAAGAGCAGACGAAGAUCAGCUGCUGGUUCAAAGCAUUUGCCCUUUUCUCCCUCCUAUUCGUCCUCAUCGUCCAUGUCAUCCGUGUCGUCUUUACCGGUAGCAGGUGAUAAUUCGAUAGCGUUAUUUAACGAUUCCACUACAUCAUCGCAAUCGGCCAAAACUGCCACUGUUUUCGAGGACGAAGGAUCGAUAGGACACGAGCGGUCAGCCACUACACCACCCCCACUUUGCCCGACGGAGUGGUCGGUUCGAAAGGCUACCGACGAGGAAACAGAAAGCUUUCGUGAGCAGGAAAAACGAAGGUAUGAAAACCCGCAUAUGGCGUUCACGUACAAGCAGCAUUCUUACGACAGUGUAGUAGGUCCAGUGAAGGGAAUUUACACACAGGCUCCUGGUAUUUCAAAGGCACGCGGUCACAACAUGCUCGUCGCGAAUCGUCCAAAUUUCGUUACCAUUCUUACCCUGGUCCGGGAUGCAACCGCCAGACUACCGAACGGUGAGGGCACAAGAGCGGACAUUUGCGAACUACUAAAGUCAUCGCAGUAUAUAUCGCCAACGGCUACAGACCAAAUCCUGCAGACCAUUGUCAGUGGAGCGCUGGAUCGAAUGCACACCGAACGUGAUCCUUGCGUGAAGUAUGACGCCAAGCGCAAAAUUUGGAUUUAUCUGCAUCGCAACCGCACCGAACAGGAGUUUGAACGUUUGCACAUGCAAUAUCAAGGAUUCACCAAGCAUAAAAAGUCCACUGUAAGGAAGGCACAAAGGCACUCGAAGGAUAAUGUGUCAACAUCGUCUACGGCAAAACAUGACCUGCUUAAUGAGAGUGGUUCUUCGGCUGAUAAUUUUAUUUCAAGCAACUCUGCUGUUGAACUGGAUCUAGAUAGCUCAGCAACGACCGGCAGCACCACAGUGGACCCUGUGAUAAAUAUAGCCCCGCCAAUAAGCAUUGCGGAAGCUGCAACCACCAGCAUUGCUUCCGUCACUGGGGUAAAAUCGACAACCUCUUUAUUAAAAAAGCAGAAGACGGCUCCUUCUGCAUCAGACAACAUCGCCGCACUACAAUCGUGUGCUGACAGUAAAACCGGCAGCAAUUCCUCAGCUUCCACGGCAAAGGCCACUACAACGGAUGUCAGUAGUGUGGGUAAGGUUGAUCAAAACAAAAUUGGAACGAUAAAGGAACAGCAGACGCCAGUGUCUCCGGCGUGUGGUACGGAUGUAACGUACAAAGCUGCCAGCAAACUAUGCAACGCAGUCACGUUGAUUUCAACUUCGGGCAGUAAUGUUCGUACGAUUCAGAUUCCUAAAGCUUCACUCACAUUAGCCAGCACACCGGCAACAUCGAACGCAGUCGGUGUCGAAUGUUUAACGACCGAUGAUGGAUUGUCGCAAGAUUCGUUGCUGAACGCCAAUCCAAAAUCUCCAAAAAAGCUGCUAGUUUCAGCAAUUGUGUCUUCUUCAGCAGCGACAAUGUCACCAUCUCCCGGUGCGAAUGCUAAGCAAUCGGUAGUCGAUAUUUCACGAAUUUCCAGUCCGAAACCCAUACUGGUCCAAUCGGUAGCAGCAAGUGCGGUUUCCUCCCAUACAUCGCCAGCAGGUUCAUUCGUCGCCACUGCAAAAGAUGGUAUUAAAAUUGGCUCUUCUGUUGGAGGUACGAUUGUAUCGAUCCGCCAGGUGAAAAACAGCAGCAACGCUAACAUAUGUAAUGUAGCCCCCAAAAGCCAAAUUGUGGCUGGCGGACAAACCGCUUCUUUGCUCACCCCACAAACAAAAGCAACACAGCUGUCUCUUAACACUACUCCGUUUGCCAGUUCUUCCGGAGCAAGUACAAUCCAAACCAUGAAGGGAGGCGGAACGUUGAUAACGGCAACAAUAGGGAAACCGAUUUACAGCUCCUCCAUUGGACCAUCAGCUCUGAAGCAAAGCACUAAUGCGUCUUCAAUCAUACAAACCAAUCUUUCCGCGACCGUGUUUUCGCAAAAGAUGGUGGUAAACUCCGCCAAGGCGAAUGCACCACAAUCCGCUGGGGAAGGCACCACCGCAGUACCUACGGUAGUUGCAAUCAAAUCUGCCAGCACAGCGAACAUAACACCCGCCACAUCGAUCGCUACCAGCCGCAUUGUGAAGCCCGCAACGAAUCUGUUUAGCACAAUUACGCUUGCCAAAGGGCAACAAUCCGUGCUAACACCCGCUAAGCAGAGACAAAUUAUUCAAAAUCUGCUUUCGGAAAGUCAAAAGAAUUCAUUGGCCAACAAUCAAAUCGUUUCUCACGCUACCGUCAUUGCUGCGAAUGCACCGACCGUGGCUAAGCAGCCAGGGCAAGCUGGUGAUACGAAACAACAGUACAGAGCGCCAGGUCCAGCGUACCUGUUGGAAAAUCCGACCACCGUUCCCGCGUUCAAAAUCAAUCAAAGCGCGAAUUCCAACAUUAGGACAUUGUCGCCAAAAAUAGUCAAAAUUACCCCUACCCGCUCAAAACCCCCGACAGCAAUCAGACCGGCCGGUAUCAACGUAAGCACGGCAAGCGUAAUGAGCCCAACAACAGCAGCAGCAGCAGCAUCUAGUGUGAAGAUGAUAAAAAUGAAUCCAUCAACAACAAUACUCACAACAAGCGAGAGCCAUGGUACGCUGAGUACUGGCACUGCGGUAGGUGUUGGCGUGUCCAGCACUGCGGCCACAGUUACGCCGUCCGCGGUUAAGAACGCAACUAUGCGAGUGCUUAAAACGGCGUCCGGGGCUACGACCGUUAUCAAGGCCGAAGCAACGAGAGGACCGUCCGUUCAGCAACUAGCCCAAAGCAACACCACGCUCGCCUCUUCUGCACACAUUGGCUCGAAAAUGCUUGUUAACUCCAGCAUCAACUCCGGUCAGCUGAUUCCGCUCGAAAGCUUACUGCAAAAACCUGGCAUUGCUGGAACAGCGAACAACGCUGCUGGUGGUGGUGGUGGCGGUGUGAAUACAAUUUUGAAGCUUGCUGGCACCACCAAAACCGGGCAGCAGUUCUUGCAGUUCGGUACGGCCGGGAAUGCUGCCAGUUCGGUUGCGGCAAAAUCUAUCACAACUGGAUCGUCUACCGUAGGGAGCAUUGGCCACCAAUACACUGUUUUGCCCCAGACAAGAAACAUCAUAUCUGUUGCGUCAACUGCUUCCGGCAAUAGAGCCACGACGAACCUUCCCCUCACCAUUGUUUCCUCGUCGAAAGCAGGUGCUUUCCAGCCUGGCGGUUCGAUAAUUGUGGCAAGUAAAAAGGGGAACUUAAGUGAAAUCAAUCCUACCAACGCCGAUUCGGCCUCUGCUUCGCUUCUCAGCCACAUUUCCAGUUCGCCGACGGCCAAACUAGUGCAGCAGGGUACCAAGGUAAAGCUACUCACCACCACCACGCACAAUGCAAACGCCUUUGGUGCCGGUCCUACCGUUUCUGUUUCCCAGCAGCAGAGCUCGGUGUUCAGUCCCAAAACAUCACUGUCCUCUACGGUGAAUGUGAGUGGAGAAUUUUUAAAUGCCAAAAUCAUAGGCGUUCACAACAUUGGUUCGGGCAAGGUUAAAGGAGCUUCCUCCUUGAGCUUGAUGAACGCGAACGGCUUGAAUAUAGCUCAUAUCGGAGGAAAACCAGUCAUAAUUGCCAACAAUUCGUCGCUCGGUGCAAAUCAAGCCAUUACCGUGAGCACUGCCCAUUUGGGCAGUAAUAGCGGAACCACCAAAUCCUCCAGCCCAUCUAGCCCCAUAGUGUUUACAACGAAUUCGACCGCGAACAGCCACGGGCUAGGACAGCCGAACGCAGGCAACGUGCAAAACACGUCUGCGGCAGCGACGAGCAGCGGGAGAGAAAUCGCGCGGACAAACGUCGUCAGCGGAAUAUCCGGUCAAAUUCAGACUGUGUUACUGCGCAACAAUUUGCUGAAGGUUCAAACUGCACCGUCCACUUCCGUCAGCAAAUUGUCUCACCAAGCAUCCGUAGCGACUGGGUCUGUUAGUAGUAGCGGUGGGAUGGCUGGCGGAAUCAAUGCAGCUGCUGGCACAACAUUGAUUGCAACGACCGGUGGAAGAGGCACCACAGUGCAAUCGAAAGCACCGUUACAGCAGCAGCAAACCAUCAGCGCGGGCGGUGGAACCGCUGUCAUUCUCACACCAAAUAUCCCUACGAGCAGCAUCACCAUAGGCGGGACUGUUGUUGAACCAAGUGCCGAGCUAGCUAACAGUUCGGAUGCAGUGUCUCAGCGCACACAGUCUCCACGUGUCCUUAUAUCGCAACCAAUUAUAAUCCCAACGGAUAUGCAGAAAUCGGCCACAUCUAUAAAUCUUAAGCGGCUCAAGGUUAUACCAAUAAGUAAACCACCUGCUAAUAAAUAGGUGUCAUUCGGGUUAUGUGCUGUAGGAAGCACGCUGUGCUGAGAUGGCAGCACAACUACAUAUGUGUACGUUUACAGAACGGAAUGUAGUAAAAUAGAGUAUAGAAAGCAGGAA